AUGAGUAAGUCGGACUCCACAGAACAGUACGAUGCCGUGAAAGCAAAGUUAACACAGCAGAUUCUCCGCAAGCAGGAACUUGAUGCUAAGCUCAGCAAGCUAGAAGACAAGAUCUACGAGAAGGAGAACGAGUACUUCGCCGAAAGUGCACACGGAAACAUAGUGAAGGGGUUUGAUAACUUUACCAAGGCAAACACUGGUGGUUCGCACAAGAAGAGGAUCGCCUACACGGAUGAUGACCACAUCUUUAGCUUGAGUUCCGCCAGCUUUGUCAAAUCGUUCGCUAGGAAACAAGGUUUAACAGGAAAGAAUGACGAGCUCGAUGAAUAUGAAGAUUCGGUGGAACCCACAAAUGGAGGUGUAGUGCCCCCAGGAGCGAAUACGACGCCCAGUCGGAAGAGGAAGGGGAGGACGAUGGAUGAAUAG